GAGGCGGAGCCCCUCGGGGUCUUAUUUUGAUGGUGGGGGCGACCUCGGUCUGGACUACUCCACUCACUUGUCACAUGGUUACCAUGGCAAUGGGGAGGCGGAUCUGCAGGGUCAAAGGCGACCAAUCAGAGACAGGCGAGGCCGCUGGCACUCACAGGACCAUCCUCUGGACAAGGACCUGGACGCUCACGAGUUGCGGCGGCGACAGGAAGAAGAGUUUCAGGCCCGUUACCGCAGUGACCCAAACCUGGCUCGUUAUCCGGUGAAGCCGCAGCCAAGUGAGGAGGCCAUGAGAAUGUUAGCUCAAGUCGGCAGAGUCCGCCACCAACGUCGCCACAGUGAUGUCUCCCUGGCAACGGCUGAGCCUGACCACCUGACCCUGAGACACACAGUUCUCCGUCAGCAUCGACCUCAGGGAUUGAUCAGAUCUGAAGGUCAGAGGUCAUUCUCUGUGGACCGGGCAUCUAAUCACAUGAGCCCCACGUCUCCCCGCCGCAGCCCAUUACCACAGCAACACCUGGACCCGAGCUCCGCCCAUAAGAGGAAGUCAGCCAAUGAGAGCGUGGUGCAGAGAGGGCGGGGGAUGGGGAAGAUGCACGUGAUUGGUAGCUUCAGCAGCUCUGAGGAAGAGCUAGUGACCACUCCAGAGUACACCAGCUGUGACGAGCCUGACAGAGACAUGGACAGCCAAUGGUGGGAUCAUGGUUCCUGGCAUGGAGAGCCUGUGCCCAUGUCUAUGCAUCCGGUAACAUGGCAACCGUCCAAGGAUGGAGAGCGUCUGAUUGGUCGAAUUCUUCUGAACAAGAGGAUGAAGGACGGGACGGUUCCUGCGGAUACCGGAGCGCUGCUGGGACUCAAGGUUGUUGGUGGGAAGAUGACGGAGUCUGGUCGUCUCUGUGCGUUCAUCACCAAGGUGAAGAGAGGAAGUCUGGCUGACACUGUGGGACACCUGAGACCAGGUGAUCAGGUUCUGGAGUGGAACGGCAGGGUUCUUCAGGGAGCCACGUUUAAUGAAGUUUAUAACAUCAUCCUGGAGUCUAAACCAGAACCACAGGUGGAGCUUGUGGUGUCAAGACCUAUCAGAGACGUUUCCAGGGCAGCAGAUGGUUCCCAUGUCCAGCUGGACUCCAGUUCCAGUUCCUUCGACUCACAGAAAGUUGGCCCGUCCAUUUCAGUCACAUCUCCCAUGAGCCCCAGUGUUCUCUCCGGACAAGUCUCGACUGUGAACAGGCGUCCUCUGGUUCCCAGAAUUCAGGUGAAGCUCUGGUACGAUAAAGUCGGUCAUCAGCUAAUCGUCACAGUUCUUGGAGCCAAAGAACUUCCCUCCCAAGAUGACGGCCGACCCAGGAACCCUUAUGUCAAGAUCUACUUCCUGCCUGAUAGAAGUGAUAAGAGUAAGCGGAGGACGAAGACGGUAAAGAAGUCAUUGGAACCUCGGUGGAAUCAGACUUUCAUGUACUCUCCGGUCCACCGGCGGGAGUUCAGAGAACGAAUGCUGGAGCUGACAGUCUGGGAUCAGGCCCGGCUCAGAGAGGAGGAGAGUCAGUUCCUGGGAGAGGUGCUGAUUGAACUGGAGUCGGCUCUGUUGGACGAUCAGCCUCACUGGUACAAGCUACAGCUUCAUGAUGUUUCCUCUCUGCCACUGCCCAGUGCCUCCCCCUACCUGCAGAGGAGAGGACUGCAGCCUGAACACAGUCAGGCCAGCAGGAGGCUGCAGAGGUCUCAGAGGAUCAGUGACAGUGAGUUUUCAGAUUACGACUGUGAAGACGGCAUCGGGGUGAUAUCAGACUACAGACAGAAUGGGCGGGACUUCCACAGUUCCACCCUCUCAGUGCCAGAGCAGGUGAUGUCGACCAAUCACUGCUCCCGAUCCGACUUGGUCAGGAUGAGGUCACGGUCACCGAGCCAACCGCCUCCGCACAGUGGCAACCCUCUGUACCCGUUGUAUCGGGAAGACGCUGUGCGGCUAUUGCGAGGUUCAAAGCUGAGCCGAGCGUAUUCUGACGCCGGUCAGUACAGCAGUCUGGACAGGAGUCCACUGAGGAAAAUGUCUGUUACCAACUCUCUCGAUUCUCAUGACAGAUAUAUGAAUGGUCCGAACCACGCUCCCUGGACAAACCCCAUGAUGAAUGGGAACUGUGAGGACUACAGUCAGGACUUCAUCCCAGACUUCCCCUACGAACCUGAUGCGUACGAUGAGGAACUGCACAGGUACAGUCGGGGAAUGGACCGGCGGUAUUACUACAGUCGCUCUCGGUCAGCUGACCAGCGUGCAAUGGCAGACCAACCGCUUUACACACGCUCACACUCCACAGACCGAUCUGACUUCGUCCACUUGAGGUCGGGACGCUCCGCCCCCCCCUCACCUGCCUGCACCAGAGCAAAUCCUCAAAGUGGAUCGACCCAGACGAGUCCGUCAGGAACACCGGUCUGUGGCCGCAGAGUACGCCAGUUGCCCAUUGUCCCACCCAAAGGAACGCUUGACAGAAUUUUGACCACGCCUACCACAGGAGCACCACCAGCAGCCCUUCUCCCUGCCAACAUACAAACCCCUCCGAUUGGCAAUCACCCAUUACCUCCUCUCAUACGAAUCCAAGCCCCGCUUUCUCCUGGACCUGUCCAGCCUCACCCACCACCUGCAUCUGUACAUGCACCUGCACGGGCACCAGCACCUGUACAUGCACCUGCACCUGGUCCUGCACCAUUUGUGGGAGCGCCAUCACCAGCUCCUGCAAUUUUACCUAUUUUUACACCAGCACCUGUUGCAGCCACACCCCCAGCUUCCCCAGCCCAACCAACACAUACAACGACUGCCCAAGCCCCACCCCCUGUGCUUGCACCUAUGCCAGCCCCACUCCCAGCCCCACUCCCAGCUCCUGUAGUCCAAUCACAGUCACAUGUUGAACCAGCCCUGGCCCCUGUACCCACUCCAACACCUGCCCCCUCACCCACCCCCACACCUGCCCCCUCCCCAGCCCCGCCCCCACAGACUCCAGAGCCUGAGAUACGCUCAGCAACACCUGGAGGGACCAGAAAAGGUGUGAUGAAGGAUCCAUCAAAGAUGAGGGACAGCUUGUCCUUCAAAUCGUCAGACAGUGACGUCAGCGACGUGUCGGCCAUGUCCAACGCCUCCGACACUCGAUCUGUCUGCAGAAUCAGCCAGUCGGAGGCCCUAGAAGGUCAAUCAGUGGAGUUGGGGGCGGGGACAGAGGGAACACAGGAAGUAGCGGCAGCGGGUGGAGCCUCACUGCAGAAGAGUGAAUCAGUGGAGGAGGGCGAGGAGGAGGAGGUGGCCGUGCCUUCAAAGCCGGCACCUGCGGCCGGAGCUCCUCUCAUGAAGUCCUCAAGUGUCGGGGGGGAAAUCUGUUCGUUGGGCAGGAAUGACGACGACGACGAUGAAAAGAAGCGACGCUCGAGUUUCGGAGCGAGGAUGAUGGGGAUGGUCGGACUGGGAAAGAAGAGUCAGAGCGCCUCGCAGCUCAACCCAGAGGAGGAGGAGAAGAAGAAGAAGGUGGUGAGACUUCCUGUCCAGAGGAGCAUAGAAACUGGUUUGGCUGUUGAGUUUAAAUCUCGUUUCACGAGACAACCGAGUCGUGACCCGGACGCCGAGGACCCCAAACCUGGAGCGCUGAUAUUUCCGGGUGUGAAAUUGGCAACGGACCAACAGUUCACUGGCUUCCUGGAAGGAUUAGGCCCCGCCCAGCUGGCUGGACGGCAGACUCUGGCCACGCCCCCCAUGGGAACCAACCUGCAGAGGUCAAAUGUUAAAACUCUUCUUUCUCUCAAGACGCUGAACGGAUCUCUGACUCUGGAGUUGGUCAACGAGAAGUUCUGGAAGGUCAGGAAGCCGCUGGAGCUUUACUACGCCCCCACCAAGGACCAGCAGCCGGCGCCACCCGCCCAGCAGAAGACUCCACCUCCUCAGAGAGAGGGAUGA